AUGUCUAAAGAAGGUUUCUGUGUUACUUUAGAGUUGUUGAGUCAGCCUGUCAGUUGGUGUAAAGUGGAAUUAAUGGCACUAAAACCUGACUUGAUUAAUGUGGUGAAGGAUCUUCCUCCACCACCUCUUGUGAUCAUAUCCCUUGCCAUGAAAACAAUUCAGAACACAAAGACUCAUCAUAAUGAGAUUAUGGCUAUUACAGCUUUAGUGCAUCACAAAUUUUAUCUGGACAAAGCACCACCUGAGCCUCCCUUUCAGACCUACUUCUGUGUUGUUUCCAAACCAAAUGAUUGCAUUUUCCCAUAUGAUUUCAAGGAAAUCCUUAAACAAAAGAAUGGCAAAAUAGAAAUUGCCACAACAGAAAGAACACUACUGGGUUUUCUUCUGGCAAAGAUUCAUAAAAUUGAUCCAGAUGUUAUUGUGGGCCAUAAUAUUUAUGGUUUUGAUCUGGAGCUUCUGCUCCAGAGAAUUAACUUUUGCAAAGUUCCUCAUUGGUCCAAGAUAGGUCGACUAAGGAGAUCAAACAUGCCAAAACUUGGGGGUCGUAGUGGAUUUGCUGAGAAGAAUGCAACUUGUGGCCGAAUGUUACCAUUUGUCUGA